AUGUCGACGGGGGCACCGUCGCUGAGCGUGGAUCUCACACCACCCUCCAAUGGACACAAUCAUAAUCAUGGUCAUAGUCGCAGUCGUGGCCAUCGAUCCAACCGCUGGGCGCAACCUCCGCCUCCCCUCUCACAGCCAGCUGAUGCCACCCUUCCUGAACACCCGGAACCAAUCAAUGUUGUGAACUCGAGUUAUUCAUAUGGACAUACACAUCAAGCAUCAAGCCACGGUCACCAUACGCACUCACACUCACACUCCGGUGCACACCACGAUCAUAACCAUAGUGUGUCAUCUCUUCACCAUGAUGUGCUAGAUGACCACCAUUUGAAAGAUUCCAAUGGCGUUCAUGGAAUAUUAUCUACGGAUACCACUAUACAGGCAGACUAUAGUUCAGAGAAGAUCCACGAGAUUUUGACUAGUACACUCAUCGUGCUGCCGUGGGUUGUGCUUUCUUGGUACCAGAGACAAUAUGCCCAAAACCAAAAACUAUCCGGCGAAGGUAUACCUGAUACGACAGCGAAUAUUUCUAUCGGACAAAUUGGUCAAAAGACCUGCCUUUUGACAGCGAUCACCCUCACCCUCUUCGGCUGUGGUCAAAUACUACGCACCAACCACCAAAAGGCUGGCUCAUCCAUGCUCUCGUCUGUUAAUUUGCCGAAACUAGAUGUGAAGAGUGUCCAAGCCUCACUUUCACAAAUUGUCUCAGUGGCGCUGCCCAUAUUUGCAGCACUCAAGGUCGGAGGUUUUUUGGUUGCAUUUGCGCUGCUCCUUGCAACAGCAUCAGGGGUCCCAGCCGUCAUCAACGGGGCCUCGCGCACUCAAGAGAAAUACAGUCGAAAGACCCUAUCCAUUUCCCUGCUAGUGGUGGUUAUUAUAUCGAGUUUCCUUGGGCUGAACCAUUCUUGGGACGUAUCUCCAGCCAUUGGAUAUGCCGCCCUAUUAGGAUCUGUUUUCGUUGCACCUCCCCCAUUCCCUUUCCUCCGUCACAAUGGACCUAUCCCUGAGCCAGGUCUCGUUGCUGCACAGAGCAAGGCUUCACGCCCGAGCCACUCCUCCAUUGUCGUCACAACCGAUGCACCACUGGCCAUUAUAACUGGGUCCUCGCUUGCACUUCUCACCAUACUUUUCAACCGAGGACUUGUCUUCGGGGUCUCGGAACUGAUAUAUCUCCUUAUUCCUACGGGUAUUUUUGCUACUUCUCUCAUGAUUUCCCUGCCCCCCAGCCUCCGCUCUCCCAAAAAGACCGGACUCGCCAUUUGCGCCGGAGCUGCAGCUUUUCUUUGUUCCCCACAUGCCCAGGAUGACUUGCUCAUGAUUUAUGCCACACGUGGUAUCUUGGCUACGGCCUCUUUCUUCGCCUCUCGAAGAGAUGACAUUCAUUUGAAUCUGGAUACGCAUGCGCAUAACCACACGCACAGCCAUUCACAUUCACACACUACCUCGGAAUCCUCCCGAGUAUCAAAGUGGCUUCUUCAUAAAAGCGAACCAUACCCGUUGUUGCACAGCAUUCUCAAGGAGAAGGAUUCUCGUAGCAUCUUCUACUUUAUGUGCCUGAAUUUCACUUUUAUGCUUGUUCAAUUAUCAUAUGGGUUCCUGACUGGAUCACUGGGACUGCUCAGUGACAGUAUUCACAUGUUUUUCGAUUGUCUCGCGCUUGUUGUUGGUUUAUGUGCCGCUGUUAUGAGCAAGUGGCCCCCGAACGCUCGAUUCCCCUACGGUUAUGGCAAAGUUGAUACUCUGUCAGGGUUUGCCAAUGGAAUUUUCCUCAUGAUUAUCAGCGUGGAGAUCAUUUACGAAGCGGUGGAACGGCUCUCAUCGGGGAGUGAGAUGCAUCGUCUAGGCGAGCUAUUGAUCGUCAGCAUUGCUGGCCUCGCAGUCAAUUUGGUCGGAAUCUUCAGCUUCGAGCACGGUCAUGCUCAUCACGGCCAUGAUCAUGGUCACGAUCAUUCUCAUGGCAAUGAGAACAUGCACGGCAUCUUCUUGCACAUUCUUGCUGAUACGCUUGGUUCAGUGGCAGUCGUCAUUUCAACCAUUCUCGUGCAUUACUCCGGUUGGGCUGGCUACGACCCAUUGGCAUCAUGUUUCAUCGCCAUAUUGAUCUUCGCCUCGGCCGUUCCUUUAGUUAGCAGCACGGCAAAGACACUGCUACUCACUCUGCCAGCCGACACCGAAUAUAACCUUCGGGAAACACUAGCAGGAGUCAGCACUUUGAGAGGCGUGGUUAGUUAUACGGUGCCUAAAUUCUGGCUUGAUGAUACAGGAGCGGUGUCUUCUGGACAUAGCCAUUCCCAUGACCAUUCCAGCCAUGGGGAUUGUGAACAUCACCAUGAUCAUAGCCACAGCCAACACCAUCAUGGUCAUGGUCAUGGUCAUGAUCAUGAGCAGCACCACGACCACAACCACGGUCACACCCAUGACAAUGGCCACGAUCACGAUCACGAUCACGAUCACGAUCAUGCGCAUGAGAAAAAAUCCCAGAACAUUUUCGGGGUGAUCCACGUCAUUGCUUCUCGGGGCGCAGAUUUGGAAGACGUACGUCAACGGACCGUUGACUUCCUUCGAGAGAAAAACAUGGAUACUCUCGUCCAGGUUGAGCGUGACGGAGAUGCGCGCUGCUGGUGUGGCGGUGGAAGCAAGGGCUUUUAA